UCCCGGCGCAGAGCUUGUCCGGUACACGGAGACGGUCCUGGUGGUGGUGACCGUGGUGCUGGCCGUCAACGCGCUGAUAAGCCUCUUGCUCAACGUCUUGUUGAUUUUGAUCAUACAGGUGAGCAUAUCUAGGAAAGAAUAACUUGGUUAUGAUUUACAGCAGACUGGCAGAUGCUAUAAGAGUGUUCUCUAUACCACUAGUUUCCAUGUUAAUUUCUAUCACAUUCUGAGAUAUUAUGAAUCCAUGCACUAGAAGUCUGAGAGGUGAGUAAUUUUGUUCUUUUAAUUGUGAAUCACAGAGAAUCGAGAAAUUUAAGGAGAAAAAAAAAUCAAAACAAAAACAACCAAUGGAAAUAACAGGAUUAAAACCACGGAGAUCUUCCAGUUCAUAAAUUUCUUUUUUAGCUGGAAAUAUUCCGCCAAAAAAAAAAAAUGGCUGUUGCAAUGCGUGAACUUCCCAUCCUCUAAAGUUUCUUGAAAAAACAUGCAUUCAAGUAAAGAAUUUUUUAGAAACUCAAUUAGUGCUAGCCCUCCCCCCUCCCUUCGCCGCCCCUGGGACACAGCCGCACACUUUUUUUCACGCCUCUGAAUUAUAUUAAUUUUAUAAUGUCGCACCUCAUUUUAAACCGCAGAUUCAUUAUAUCAUAUUUGAAAUGUGACUAUUUCCGUAAAACACCAAAAAUUGUGCGCACCAACCACACUUGCAGUAUUUUACAGAAUAUCUUUAAGCUUAGCUAUCGGGAAUUUUAUGUUGCGUGCUAUUGAACGCAGUGUUACACCAUUCAUUCUUGCUUGCUUACAUACAUUCAAUCCUAGAGAAUGGUAGUCGCUUAGUCGAUUGAUUUGUCACGUGAUGAGAGUAAAAACGAGUAAGACUUCCGGUAGGCUGUAUACAACACACUAGUGCUUGACAACAGUAGCCCCUUACACACUACAACUAGUAAUUCAAGAUGCCUAGGCAAUGUUCGGUUUUUGGCUGUUCAAACAGUCAAGUUAAGGACAGCGGUUUAAGUCUGCAUUAGUUUCCGCUUAAGGAUAAAGAAAAUUUAAGACAAUGGCUUGACAAAGUGGACCUUCGUUAUUUAUUUACAUGAAAUCUUGUUCCAACCGGUUAUUAAAAUUUUCCUUCGCAGCACCAAUAUUGAAUAAACACGCAAAUGACGUCAUGAGUAUGACGACAUUUUGUCCAAUGAAAAUUAACAAUAAAAUAAACAAAGGGGGAUGACUCCUGCACAAAUAUUCAAUAAACACGCAAAUGACGUCAUGGGCACGCACGGAGCUCAACAACAGCCUGCCGAUGAAAGUAUUGAUAGUUUUAUAACUGACGUAUAUUUAUUGUCCCAUUUAUGUAUUUCAUUUAAAAAAACGCGUGUUUUCCAGAAUAUUUUGAAAGGUAAAAUUUUUAAGUAACAUAACAUUGGGGAAUCACUGAUGAAGUAUCUUUUGUUGUGUGUAGCAGCCUAGUGAUGGCUUACUCUCAUCACGUGACCAAACAAGGAAGUGACUAAGCGACUCCCAUUAUUAUUUUGUGAUUGACACGGCAAUAAACACCAUGUGAAAAUAUAAUACAUUCUUAAUUUAUGUUCAUGCUGAACUUUCGAAGGUCUCUCGUUUUAGAAUAAAUACCUAACAAAAAUAGUGUGUUUUAAAUUUGCUUUUUGUUUUCAAUUACGAAUGAAAAAAUUUAAUCAAAACACUUCAUUGUCUCAUUUUACAUAUGUUUCAACUGUGUUAGAAGGUUUGUUUGUUUGUUUUUUUUUUCAUUUUUAUUAAAGUCGUGAAUCAAUCACAUAUUUUUAAAAUAAAAAAAAUUUUGAUAGGAAGACACAUGCUUUUGGAAAAUAUAAAUUAAAACGUUUUUUUUAAUAGUCUACGUCAAUUAUUGUUUUGAAAAAGAUUUCUUUGCUUUGGCCAUAAGAUUAAUUUUCUAGAGAUAUAUCACAAAGUAAGUGAUAUUUUUUUUUUAAGAUUGGCUUUACACAAGUUGUACAGUUUAUAACUUAAUACUGAGGCUUUUGGUCUGCUAAACUGUUAAAACUUAUAAAAAACGGGUUAAACUCUACUAAACCCGAGUACAGAUGACCGUUAUUUACAUCGAGAUUUCUUGAAUCCGCCAGUUCUCUCCAAGCCUGAGAACUCCACCCAACAGCCACCUCCUGAACAUCUGCGUCAACAAUGUCCUGCUGUGCCUCGACAUGGUGCUGUGUGCCCUGUCCUUACAGUACCACGACUUUGCACUGCCCAGCCACAAGAGUGAGGUGCUCAGCGGCGUCCAGCUUUUCAUCACGUACAACAGCUUGCUGCAGUACUGGGGCACUUUCGCGACUAUUGGGUAUUACCGGUGAGUAGUUAGUGACCAUUGGGUAUUACCGGUGAGUAGUUAGUGACCAUUGGGUAUUACCUGUGAGUAGUUAGUGACCAUUGGUUAUUACCGGUGAGUAGUUAGUGACCAUUGGGUAUUACCGGUGAGUAGUUUAGACAUUUGUGACCAUUGGGUAUUAACCAGUGAGUACUUUAGAAAUUUGUGACCAUUGGGUAUUACCAGUGAGUAGUUAGUGACCAUUGGGUAUUACCGGUGAGUAGUUUAGACAUUUGUGACCAUUGGGUAUUAACCAGUGAGUACUUUAGAAAUUUGUGACCAUUGGGUAUUACCAGUGAGUAGUUAGUGACCAUUGGGUAUUACCGGUGAGUAGUUUAGACAUGUGUAACUAUUGGUAUUACCGGUGAGUAGCUUAGACAUUUGUGACCAUUGGGUAUUACAGGUGAGUAGUUUAGAAAUCUGUGACCAUUGGAUAUUAACGGUGAGUAGUUGAGACAUUUGUGACCAUUGUUGUGACCAUUGGGUAUUACUGGUGAGUAGCUUAGGCAUGUGUGACCAUUGGGUAUUACCGGUGAGUAGUUUAGACAUGUGUGACCAUUGGGUAUUACCGGUGAGUAGGUCAGACGUUUGUAGUUUGUAACAUUUGAUUAUGAUCACUAAUACUUCUCCAAAAUAUUUUCCGUUAUAUGUUAGUUGUUAAGAUUUUAGACUUGGGUAUUAUCGUCGAGGUAACUCCAUUAUCUGUUGAUUUUUUCGAGACUCUCUCUCCAGCCAUCCUGCACUAUUGAUAAUAAUUUUGGAAUUUAAAAAAAAACUGCGUGACACCUCAAAAGCAAAUAUUGUUUGCUUAUCGUUACCUCGAAGUUUUUAUUUAAAAACUGGCGUCUUGACCACGGCUCCGGGUUGUUAAGUUUAAUUUACCCGACUUUGACGGAAGAGAAGGACUGACGCAAGGAGUGUCUGCCAACGCAGAACAUAUAACUUAACGUUUUGUAGUUACUACUUACUACUUUAUUGCACCGAUUUACGCCUUGUCACUAUAAAUACGUCUUAGGGGAAACGAGUAAAUCUUAUUCAUCAUGGGCGGAUUCGUCAGUAAAUUCCAAUAUGACGUAACUUAGAAUUUAAAAAAAAAACAGAAAAAAAAAACAAAAAAAAAACAAAACAAAAAAAACAAAACAAUUACAACCUGAGAGUUCGUUAGUGACCAGCAGACAAAUAAAUGAACUAAUGUCGAGCUUUACUGCGCUUCAUUUUCAUGUUUUUCCUGACUUGAUGGCAAUAAAUAUACGUUUUAAGUGCCCACAAAUCAGUUUGAGAAAUUUUAUUUUAUCUUCUGGGUCUAGUAGGGUACGUUGCUGCAUCCAUGUACUGGCAUAUGUGCAACGGUUGGAGAAGCUAUGCUGCUAUCCUAGCGGAUGAUAGGGCAGCCUUUAAACGUCUCGAUUGAUGUCGAGUCCACGGCGGCAUUGUCCAGGUGGUUCCAAGCGAUUAUUUUGCUUGGGAAGAAUCAUUGUCUAGAUUGCACCGUGUUACACCGAGGCCCAGUGAAGCAUUUGCUAUUGUUCCGGACGCAAUCUUCAUAAAAUUAGAUUCAUUAGCUCAACUUGAGUAAAUGUCCCCUGGAGCGAACCCCUAAAAGUGCUGGUCGCACUCCGCGUAUAUUUAAUUAGUGAAUUCAUCAGGGUGUUUUUUUUUUACACGUUGUUCAUACGUCGCACUAGCACUGAGUGAACACAUGUCCCUUUCCAUAAUUAAUGCAACUUUAUAUAUAAAUAUAUUCACAGACUGUAUAUAGUCGUAAACUCUUAUCCUAGCGCAGCUCGCUAUCAGAGAGAAAUAUAAGACAACCUUCUUUCUUUCAAUGACUGCCCCACGACAAAAACGUACAUCACACAACAGAUUAGACAAUAUGUCAUAAAUAACCAUAAAAAUACGUCACCAAGUCGAGCGCGGGACGAGCGUUCGCUAACUAAUUAAUCUCUCAAAAACACACUGCGCGUAAUCAAACAUAAUAUCCAGUCACAACCAUGGGCGCCCGCAGGUAGGGGCAAGGUGGAGUACUUGCCUCCCUGGAUUGAUUGGAUAAAAAUUUUUAGACAAAAAUAGCCAAAAAAUGUAUUAAAGUAUACAGAAAAUAAAGAGAAAGUAACGAAGCUGUUGUCCUGUCCGUUCGUUCACCAGACAAAUACGUUACAGUAAAUUAAAACUACAUUAAAACAUUACUAAAAAAUUUUUGCCCCCCCCCCCUGGAAAGUUAAUUGAUUUUUUAGCCCCCCCCCCCAAAAGUUUUCUGCCUGCGCCCAUGGUCACAACAAUUAUUAGAGAACUUCCAUGUUCGACAGUGCUCCCUUAUCCUACCCACACAAAUACAUUGUUACAUACAUUGUUUUAUAUAAACCCCAAAGGUGCCGCCUACGAUGAUUCGACUGGAACGCCGCUGAUAAGAUUGAUGAUUGUUCUGACAUAAUUCCUACUGAUAAGAUUGAUGAUUGUUCUGAUAUAAUUCCAAUUCCGCCUGCCAAGGAUUGAUAAGGAAGGGAAUAUCGCAGUGGGAAUAUAAUAAUUGGAUUAAUUAAGCUUAUUAGUUUAUGAGAUUAAGUCUUUUUUUUUUAAACGGAAAGAAGUGUAAAAUAUAAAAUUGAAUAGUGGAUGCAUUGUCAAUGGAUAUCAAGUGAUUUAGACCUGUACCUGAGUUGUCUACGUGGAGUAAGAGUUGUGUACCUGAAGGCCGAAGUAAGAAUGGUGUACAUGGAGUAAUAAUUCUUUAUAGGAAGUAAAAUAUGUGGAGCUCGAGUAAGAAUUUCGUACCCGGAUUAAGAAAUUUUUUGGGUCAGAGUUGUGUACCUUAAGAGUCAGGGUAGUGUACCUUGAGUUGGAGUUGUGCACCUUGAGGCAAAGUUGUGUAUCUUAAAUAGAGCUGUCAACAACAAAUGAUUCUAUUAAAGACAACAGACCAGACUACUUAAAAAAUUACUUUCUGCUAUGUGCUUUAGGUUAGGCCCUAGAUCAGGCUCAUCAAACUACGGCAUGUGGGCCGGAUCCGAGCCGACAGUGGUCCCUAAUCCGGCAUGAAUGGCCCAAGUAACGGUACCUGGGUACCAGACGCAAAUAUGGAACCGGACAUUGGUCAUCUCAUUAGUCAUACUUCCCUUUGAAAUACUAACACGUUUGUGUUGGAUAUACUUGGUCCUUAUUUUAAAUAUGUUAUUAUUUGUUAAAUGAGAAAUGUGCUUAGAAUUCAGAUAUUUGCAGUGUGCAUAGAAUUAUGUAAUAUCUUAUCAAUCUAUAGUUUGCUCCCCCCCCCCGACAGUGUCUGAGGAACACUAAUCCGGCCCCUUGUUAAAUACAAGUUUGAGGACUCCUGUCCUAGAUGUUCUCUGGUCUAAAAAAGACCGUUUGAUGCAAAGCUACCGUCCAAUCGAUAACAUGAGCGUCAUCAUCAGUGAUGGACACAGGGAAGACGUGCGAGACCCAUUCCCGACAGUCAAUUAGUUUAGCGCAGUGGUUCCCAAACUUUUUUGAAAAGUAUCAGUUUUUAUAAUGGAGACCCUUAAGCCUACAUUCUGCUAUACAAAUUCAAUUGGUGUUUAUUUUUAAUUCCUGGAGCGGCCGCCGAGCCUCAAAAAUGUGUACAGGUUGGGGACCACUGGUUCAGCGAAUGUUGGAAGUCAUAGAAGCGCUGACGAUGUAUGAGAACGUAGAAAAAGAUUCCAUGAUACUCUUCAACCCCUUUGAAGUGACGCAUUAAAGUGCAUCCGCCUUGUAUUAAUAGUCCCCCUCCCCCCCCCCCCCCCCGCUUUUUCUGAAUAAUAUGUACUUUAGUCUUAAAAUAGUGAAGCUGUUAGAACGGGAUUUUAAAAUCUGAUUGUUUUUUUGUUUUGUUUAUCUUAGAGCUUCUUCGUUUAAUUACGGUAACGUGACAAUGUCGGCGCUCAAAUAAAAGUGCUAAUAACGUAGACAUUUUUGUUAUAAAAGUCUAAACUUAUAAAUAAUGCUUUCAAAUUAUUAUUUUUUUUUUAAAGUUAAAAUUACAUGUAACCUGAUCUAUACACUACAGGAGCUUGUUUUUGUGUGUGUGUUAUUUUUCUUGAAGUUGAUCUAGACUUUUUGUGGCAUAAAGCUAAAAAGACGAUGUAACAAUAAUGAAUUUAUUCUUUUUAGUUUGCGACAGGAACUGAAGUCAGAGGAAGGGGAGGGAAGAUCUACAUGUUUUUUUUUUAAAAAGUACAUGUAUAUAUGAUGUAGCAAACGGGCUCUUUAAAAAGUUCAUUUUACACACUCAUCCUACCCAGCCACCCUUCCCACGUUUUCUCAAACUUGAUUGAAAGCCCCACUUGUUUCCAUGUGCUCCACCCCAGACACAAGACCAUCAAGAAGCCCGGAUUAACCUUGCGCAGCCGACGGCAGCUCGUGUCCAGAACGGUAACCUGCAACUGGAUUAUCUCGUCCCUGCUGAGCAUGACCGUGACCUUGUCCUACGCGCCUUAUUCACAGUACGCCUUGACCACGCUGGACCCGUUCAGAAGGUAUCUUUCACGUCAGUUACCACCAGCCUUUUAAAAGGCAGCCCACCAUUUCCCCUGAUGCGCCUUCCAAUUUCCCCGUUUAGCAGAGUUGAUAUAAGACGAUGCAUUCAGUGGCGUAGAUUUUUGCCUCAAACUCCCCCGCCCCCCCCCCCAAAAAAAAAGGGGGAACAAAAAGAAACAACAAACAAAAUCACCACCAAAAAAAACAAAAACAAAAACUUUGCAAUGACUAAAAAAAAAAUAUUUUUAAGCCCCCAGGGGCAGACUCUGCCCCCCCCCCCCCCCCAAGCUUACACUGAUUAAUGCUUUCAAAGUGCAACACAACACCAUACGUUGACCGAGUUAUUGAGUGCAUUAAAGUUUAGGCUUAACCGGCCUCACACAUCUCAAAGCUCAAAAAUUAAAACGUCAUGCCUGCCGGUCAGAAAUUUUUUUUUUUUUUAGUUCCUACUCUGGGAGUUAUUAAAACGUAAAUGAAUAAUAAUUUUAAAAAAAUAUUAUUCUUGUGCAAAGAGUUCUUUAGAGAUAAAAGUUUCAAGAACUUUUCAGAGGCCUGAGAUCGAACACGCCGUGUGUUAAAACAAUGAGAUUCAAAGCAGACUAAUCGGUGCGUUCAUUGAGAAAACUAGGAGUUCGUCUCUAUUUUCCAAGCGACAGUUAUUUUCACAGCUCACUGCUGGAUGUAACGUGGAGAUGCUUUUCGAAAGAUUGCAGAAGUGUUUACGAGCAUGAUGUAGAAGUGUUGACGAGCAUGAUAUAGAAGUGUUUACGAGCAUGAUAUGAAUGAUAUGAAUCCAAAGGAUUCGAAGUGUAUGUAGACGAAACUUAAUAAUUGUUUUAUUGUUUAUUAAUUUUCGAACAUAUUUACCGCACAUACUUUCUUAUUGCAUGGCAUUUAAAGAAAUUAAAAACAAUUUUCUACUUUUUCGGUGCGUUAUAACUCGUUUUUGAUAGAGAGUCUUUUUUAAAGUUUUUUAAAAUAUAUUUUUUCACAUAUUUUUUAAAGAUUUGCUUCUUUUUAGUUUUAAAAUUAUAGUCUUUAAAAUAUCGACACAAUUAAAUUUAUUUACCUAUUUAAACACCGAAUGCCUUAAAAAAAUCCCGGUUGAAGUGUCUUAACUUUUUACCUGGGCAUACACUUAAAAAAAGUAGAUCUCAGCUCACCCGCCCAACCGUUCACUCAACCGCGAUCCAGGCGCGGUCAACCACGCUAAUUCCACCGACAGUGUCAGCCUGCUUUCGUCGAUCCAUUUUUUUUUUUUCAGCCGUUCACCGGGUGAACACUGCACGAGAAAUCUUAAAAUGUCACGCCUGUAAUCAGAAACGAAAAAAUAAUAAAAAUAAUGCCUCUUCUACCCAUCCACUAAAUGGAAAUGUGAUUAUAGAGAAAAUCUUUUUAAAAAAUUAAUUGAACACACGAAACAGUUCACAGCUGUGAUGGGACGAUUUACAACCGGAGUGAUGUCGACAGCUUCAGAAGUGUGUCGCGAUAUUUUAAAAUGAAAGAAAGCAACCGUUGUAUAUAAAAAAAAAAAAAAAAAAUUGUGGCAUUUUACCAACACGAUUUCUAUAAUAAGACUUCAGAAGUAGAGAUUUCAUAAUUAGACCCCCCCCCCCCCCCGGCAGAUAUUCAAAAUUCUACUUUGUUUUCCUUACAGACUAUUAACUUAUUUGUGUGACACGCAUCAAAUCAUAUAGUUGUGUAAAUGCGUUUUAUGAUCAUAAUUUAUUUUCUUUCUCCCCUUGACUUUCUUUUCUGUGACAGUGAUUUUUAUUCCUAUGACUUUUUUUCUGGGAUUUUUUCCCUUGACUUUUUUCUGGGAUUUUUUUCCGUGACAUUUUUGCUUGUAAUUUUUUUUCCGUAAUUUUUUUUUGACCCUGUUGCUUUUUCCCUAUUUACCUUUUGUCCUUGUACCUUUUUUCUUAUUUAACUUUUGUCCCUGUACCUUUUUUCUACUUACCUUUUGUCCCUGUGCCUUUUUUUCCUUUUGUCCAUUGACUUUUUUCUGUGACUUAUUUCCUUGACCUUUUCCCACUCACCCAGCACUAAUUAGAAUUCUUAUAAAAUGCGUUCCUCAACACACGUUUUUUUGUUAAGUAACGUUUGUAGAUGGGAUUGCCGCCGCCAUAUUUUGGCGGAUUAUAGCUAGUACUUAAUAUUUUUUUACCCUUGCAUCAUGUGCCCACGAAUUUUAAGCAUUAGUUUAAGUGUUUCAUAAGAUACAAACAUGUUAAAAAACAACACUCCCCCCCCCAAAAAAAAAAAAAAAAAAAAAAAAAAAACCCCCCCCCCCCCCAAAAAAAAAAAAAAAAAAAAAAAAAAACCCAGCAAUUCUAUUGUAUUAUAGUUCCUUUUUAUAAGAUUCACGACCCCCCCCCUCCCCCCCUUUUCCAAACAACCGACCCCUUUUUUUCAAUUAAAAGAAUAUCCUCUACCUGAGUGCUAUAAAAUAUGUUACGUAUGCCUUAGUCACGGAAGUUUAAAUUUAAAAGCAACACCAAUAGCUUCCAUGACAGUAACUUUAAUCUCUAAUCGAAACAUCGACCAAGGGUGACAGAUGACGUCAGUAAACUUGAGAGCGUGUCUUUAGAACUCGGUGAAUAGAAAAAAAACACCCCUUUUGUUUGGAAGAUGUAGGAGCACAAAAUCCAAAUAAAGCACAUAAUCAGUUGAAUGUAGCAAACUUCCAAUGAACCUUUAUUCAGUCACGCACUGCAUUAGUACACCUUGAUGUACACCAAAGGUGUUCAUGAAACUGAUGGAUUGUUUCAGUAAUGAAUGUCAAAUGUUUAUUCCAUGAUUAGUUGAAAUACAGGCUCUGUAAGGCGUAAUAACUUCGAACUUAGUCAUAUGAAUUUUAAAGAACAUACAUUCCUAAAUAAGAAUCCCAUAUAUAUAUAAUAUAUAUAUAUAUAUAUAUGGGAUACAAUUUAUUGGUUGUAAAACUUAUAAAAUUAUUUGAAGACAUUUUCAAAUGUUAAAGUCUAAAUCGGUAAAAUGAAAAUACCAACCCGGCAUGACCGGGACACUGCUAGUUUUGUUUAUUAAAGUCUCAUUAAAGAACUAAGCAUUAACUGCUUGAAAAACAUUUCCCCACACCAUCCGUUAAAUUAUUUCUUGAGUGUGAAUCGUGUUAAAAUAUGUUGACAUCAGGUCUCAUGGGUUAUAGAGAAGUGUCUGGGUGUUCAACGUUUAUUGAAACAACACAAGUCACGUUAGGAGCUACCUGGAUAAGGCAGUUUAAGAAAGAAUAAAUAAUUGAGCACUUAGUAUUAUAAUCAACAUUGAUAACAUGAGAUUUUAAUUGCAUUAGAUUACUUUAAACCAGAAAUGAUAGGCAAACCUUAACUAGUACGAAACGAGAAUAAUUUAAUUACUUAAUUUAAAUAGAAAUUUAAAAAAAAAUAAACAUAAAAAAUGAUCAUUGGGUUGUGUAAAUCAUUAAUUAAUUAGAUUUUGUCCAUUUCGUUCCUAUGGUUACGAAAAGGGUUUCAUCUUCCACAAAAUGUUAAUUAUUUGCCUUUUUCUUAUUCAUGACUUAAUUUAAACUCUCAUACACUACGCUCUCAAAACAGAUGAAGAAAUAACGGGUGGAUAACAGAGACGAAGCCAAUUAUUAUUAUAAUGGGAUUUACUGAAUGAAAUGGAAUAACAGGAGUCAUGACGGGUCACUGCAGAGGUGUCGCCAGAAAACAAACGGGCAAUUGAGGCGCCGCAUAUUUUUAACAGGCGUCAUGACAUCCUAAAUGUGUUUGAAGAAUCAGAUAACUAUCUCUCAUUCUGCAGACUUCACUAGCCACUUCUUGUGCGUGUAUGUUAAAGGGGUUUAGAAUGUACAGCUGGAGACCCGUGCUGCAUUCGCCCCCCUGUGUCGCUCCAAUGAUUGCCUUGCAAACAAUUGAGAUCGAAUUGGGGGGGGGGGGUAGGGGGAGGGACAGAUAAAGGAAAAUAAAUACCGAGAAAAAUAAUCCCAUUAACGAUGCAGAGGAGCAGAGCAAACAUAAAUGUAUGGCUAGUAUGCAGAGGAGCAGAGCAAACAUAAUAAAUGUAUGGCUAGUAUGCAGAGGAGCAGAGCAAACAUAAAUGUAUGGCUAGUAUGCAGAGGAGCAGAGCAAACAUAAAUGUAUGGCUAGUAUGCAGAGGAGCAGGGCAAACAUAAAUGUAUAAUGUAUAGCUUGUUGAAUGUUGGAACUUAUGUUUAAGUGAACGGCUGUUCAAAUACGCUCAUUAAAAAAAAUAGAAAUUGCGACAUCAUUGUUCUCAUGUUCAAAUUAAACCCAUUGGUCGAUUUCUGUCCGACCGACACUGGUACGGCUUAAUUCUCCCAUCUAAAAAAAAAAUAACGGCCACUAGGUCAACAAUGAGUUGUCACAGUCGUAAAGUUUAACGUUAACUUAGCACACAGUUUCCCCCAAAACAAAAAUGUACUCCAUCAAGUAUACACACAAGGCUUUCAUUGACGUCCAACGCAUCACCAUGGGACGCUUGGCACCGAGAUUACCUGAAAGCGAUUUCCGCUGGAUGACGUCAUCCGGCCAUUCAACAGAGAUAAGAAGAUAGGCCGCGAACGCGUGUGAUUGUAGGAUAGCAAGAAGAAGAAAAAAAAAACAACUCCACCCCAACAUCGAUUUACUCGUUAGUGAUUCAUUCAUGCAAUCCAUUUAGUUGUAUCCAUUAUUGGAUAGAAAGAGAAAUGUUUCGAACCGUUUAAUCUCUGGGCGUUAAAGAAAAAAAGAAGAGUGUAGCUCAUUACAUGUAUUCCACAGGGCGCUUCUCUCAAAGGAUAUUGCGUUCCCAGGGCUUAGAUUUUUUUUUUUUUUUUGGAAGGAUUUGGAAGUUGUAAACAUUUCUUCCAAAAAAAAAGGGACAUAAUUUAUAAGGUCAUUAUGAUGGGAAUUCUGGACUGGGGGGUUGGGUCAAGAAGAGGAUAUUGCGUUCCCAGGGCUUAGAUUUUUUUUUUUUUUUUUGGAAGGAUGUGGAAGUUGUAAACAUUUCUUCCAAAAAAAAAGGGACAUAAUUUAUAAGGUCAGUAUGAUUGGAAUUCUGGACUGGGGGUGUGGUUCAAGAAGAAUAGUGUUUGUCUAUAAAAAAUGUCACUUGAACUCAGUUUCCUCAGGUAGUCCUUCCUUUCAUCGCAGUCCCUAGCUACUUUUGCGAGAGGCAACCAAAAAUGUCCUCUCAAAGGAGGAUUAUCAAUGUGUAUUGGCUAAGGGUUAGCGUCAAAAUUGGCCCCAUUGAGCAAGAGAUGAGCGUGGAAGCUGUGAAUGGAUUGUGUGCUUAUAUGACAGCUGCCACUGACGUACAUGACCGCUGCAACUGACGUAUAUAACAGCUGACACUGACACUCGACAGCUGCCACUGACUUACAUGACAGAUGCCACUGACUUACAUGACAUAUGCCACUUAUUACAUGACAGCUGCCACUGACUUACAUGACAGAUGCCAUUGACUUACAUGACAUAUGCCACUUAUUACAUGACAGCUGCCACUGACCUACAUGACAGAUGCCGCCCUUGCGUGAUGUAUUCUUUAUCUUCCUAUUUGUCUGGGUCGUACAUUUAAUUUCUGGGAGCCACUGGCGUUGUGGUCUUCAGGCCAUACAACCCAUGCGGUUUUAAAGUUUCAAGCGUUCUGUAAGCUGAAUCCUUAGGAAAGAUCGUACGAAUUUUCACUUGUAACUCAGGUCUGUUUAAUCAGGAGUACUCAAACUAUGUCCAUCUGCUCCGAAAAGUUUGUGAUUUGAAUGAUACUUCAUUGGAAAAAAUCCUAUUGUCACUGGAACCAGGGUUAAAUUAUUAACAGUUUAUUUUCGUAUUCAUUCACAUUUGGAUAAUUUUAAAAACAUGUUAGGCUCAAAGCAUUUCAAAAAAAUAAUUUUCACAUAAAAAAAUAGACACCAUUAAUUCAUAAAACCAAUUCACUGUCUUUGUCUAUUUUCUCAGCUACACAAUCAUGAAUUUGACAAGUUAACAUUCGUUUAAGUGGGUGGGGGUCAUCAUUGAACCAGUGGUUUAGGACUUACAGGAAUGUUAGCUAACUAUGGUGUCGCGUAAGAUGCCAGCCAUCAACAACGAAUCGAUUAUGAUUUUAGCCAUAUAUCAAAUAUACAUAGAUGACAGUUGACACAUGUAUACAGAGAUGACAGUUUACACAUGUAUCCGAUUAUGUUUCAGGGAGUUCAACGCCAGCAGGAACCACAACUCCGCUACCAGAGAGCACGUCGCAGUGACUCUGGUCAUCUUCGUUGCCUUCGCAGUUGGUCUGGCGAUCAUCCUGAAAGCUUAUUACAGGUACGAUGGGUGGUGAUACAGGUAUCAGCUUAUUACAGGUACGCUGGGUGGUGAUACAGGUAUCAGCUUAUUACAGGUACGCUGGGUGGUGAUACAGGUAUCAGCUUAUUACAGGUACGCUGGGUGGUGAUACAGGUAUCAGCUUAUUACAAGUACGCUGGGUGGUGAUACAGGUAUCAGCUUAUUACAGGUACGCUGGGUGGUGAUACAAUUAUCAGCUUAUUACAGCUACGCUGGGUGGUGAUACAGGUAUGAGCUUAUUACAGGCACGCUGGGUGGUGAUACAGGUAUGAUCUUUUUACAGGUACGCUGGGUGGUGAUACAUAUAUGAACUUAUAACAGGUACGCUGUGUGGCGAUACUGGUAUGAACUUAUUACUGGUGGUGAUAUAGAUGUAGUUUGAUAUCGUCAAUAUUUAUUUAUGUACAUCUUUAGUCAUCUUCGCAUGCGAUGGACUAACAACAACAACAACAACAACAGCAACAACAGCAGCAGCAGCAGCAGCAGCAACCGCAACAACAACAACAGCAGCAACAACAACAACAACAGCAACAACAGCAGCAGCAGCAACAGCAACAGCAACAACAACAACAGCAACAACGGCAGCAGCAGCAACAGCAGCAGCAACAGCAACAGCAACAACAGCAACAACAGCAACAACAACAACAACAACAACAACAACAAGACUAUUGUUUUAAGGACGUUUAAAUUAGAACCCGAUUUAAAUGGCUUCGACCGUGAUAAAGAUUAUCAUUAAACCUUCUUUAUGAUUUGAUUGUGUAUUGUGGAAUAAAUUUUUGAUAUGAUUGUGUAUUGUGGAAUAAAUUUUUGAUAUGAUUGUGUAUUGGGUAACAAAUGUUCUACUUUCAUUGAUGGUUGUAAGAACUUUUUUUUAUUGUUGCUGGAUUCACUCAGAAAAACUAUAUUUUCGACAGAAAUGCACACAGUGCAAUUACAUCAUUUGACCACAUAAGUGUCCUUAAGAUAACAUACGAAGUGAUCAGUUUUAGUUUCGCAUUUGUUUUAUUAUACAAUACCAUGAACAAGAAAAACUGAGACACUUCCGGUACAGAUUAUGACAAGAAAGCCCCAGGUUUAAUUUAACUAGAAACAGUAACGAAACUUCACUGUAACAGUAUGACAUGGUAGGACGACCGACGAGCUUUUUCCUGGCCUAUUUGAUGUUAGUUUAUGAUCUGAUAUUAAAUGAAAGGCAACUUCGUAUCGUUUUAUCAAAUCUGUUGGAGCAAUGUGAAAGCAUUAAAAUGUAGUCGAUUCCGUGCUACAGUCGAGAUCCCCCUCACCAAAGCCUCGAUACGCACGAGUGUACAAGUCAACACGUUAAAAAAAAAAGUUCUGUGUUUGUGUCCCCAGUAUUUGUCGGACUUUGAAUGUUGUCUCUGCCGUGGGCCGGAACCGCGUGUACCCCAAACAACAAUCGCCACACCUGCAGGCGGACAGCAUGGACCUGACCAUGUCUAUGGCCACUUCGUACAGACCCCAGUAUACAAUAAGGUGAGCAGAUCUUACGGGCAAAGUAUAGGUUGGUGACAAUUUUGUGUACUGUGUCGUAGAUAUAAAAAUCCGGGUAUUUGAAGGUCUCAAUGUUAAAAAAUUUGAACAGAAAAAUAUGUAUUUUUCUUAUAGCUGGAGAAGACUUUUAGGCGACACACGUUCGUUAUUUUGUAUUUUCCCAAUUCAAACGUUAAAAUACCUUGUUUUAAAUAAAAAUAAUUUUUAAAAUGUAAACAAUUACGCAGUUUUUCACCAAAUCUUAAAUAUUUGAACUUAACGGAUAGAUGAUGACGAUUGAAUGCUUUUAUAACGCUUGUGUCCAUGCUAUUUUAGAUAGCCCCGUCGUCUUCAACUCGAUCAUAUUUUGUUAUGUUAAGGGAAAUAACACUUGCUUUAGAAUAUAAUGAUUACUAUAAAAAAAAAAACCGAUUACUUCUCCUUACCACCUGGCUGCUAUUAUUUGAACAGCUAAUUUUGAACUGCCAUACUAAAUACAUUCAUUCUAAGUCUUUUCAUUUGUUUUAAUCUUGAGACAAGUUUCCCAAAGUAUCAGUUACACAAUUGGAAAAAAAGAAUGUUUUUAAUACCCAAUGCCGACUCUUUUUCUAAUAAUUAACCUUUCAGUUCCUAAAUAAACGCGGAAAGGGAGAAUUAUUAUUAUUAUUAUUAUUAUUAUUAUUAUUAUUAUUAUUAUUAUCAGGUGCUUUUAUAUAGCGCAGUACCCAAGCCUAGGGCUAGUCUCACUGCAAUACAUCAGGCUAGGGCUAGGCUUACUGCACUUCACAUACAAAUUAGCAAUUACAGAAACUAAUACAUUUAAAAACAACAAUUGGUGAAUAGCUUGACCUCACCCAUCCAAGUACUAUCUCCCCCUGUCCAGCCAUGGACAGCACCCAGCAGCAUCGAGCACUGUUUAUCAGUCAGAGGGGAUGAGAAUGAGUCUGUAUAGUACAGUUUGAAGAGAUGGGUCUUGAGGGCAGUUUUGAAGGCUGGGAUGGUCGUUACAUUGCGGAUGUGUCAUGGGAGAGAAGUCCAUUGUUUUGGAGCACAGAAAGAGAAAGGUCGUUCAUCUUAUGUUUUAGUGCGUGCUCCGGGAACAAAAGAAUACGCGCGUCUGAGGAGGAACAAAGCUUUCGAAGGGGUGAAUAGACAGAAAGAAGUUCAUUAAGAUAUGACUAGGGCAAGAACCAGAGAAAAUAUUGUGACAGAGAACAGACAGCUUGUAAUCAAUGCGUGCCUGCAUAGGGAGCCAAUGAAGUGAGUGGAGUAGUGGAGUGACGUGAUCACGUUUCUCUGCCUGUAGAACUAGUCUAGCAGCUGAGUUUUGAACUUUCUGCAGUUUUUCUAUAAAAUGUUUCGGUGAACCUGACAGAAGAGAUUUACAAUAGUCAAGACAAGAGAGAACAAAAGCACAGACUAGUGUUUGUGUUGCGUAAACAGUGAGGUAGUGGCGGAUGGAGCUGAUCUGACGAAUAGCAGUGUACGCAGACCUGCAGAUGUGAGAAAUAUGAUUGUUGAGAGACAUGUUGUCAGAAAGAAUGUAACCAAGAAACUUUUUAAGAUAUCAUUUAAAAACUACACAAUAUCAACACGCAUAAUUUUCUAUGUAACAAUGACCGUUCUUGAGCUUGCAAAAUAAAAUUCCCGAUAGCUGUUUAAAAUAUCGCAAGUGCGUUUGGUGCUAAACAAUAUCUUUUGCUUUAUGGAAAUAGUUGGUGUAAUAAAUCUGCGGUGAAACAGUGGGUGGGACAUUAGUAUAUUAAAAUUGAUCAGGAGCGGUGGCGUAUCGGCGGCCCGGUGGGGGGUGAGAAUAUCACUAAAUGUAAAUCUUCAUAAAGUGCGUUACUUGAAUGCAUGUCCUGUCAAGUAACCUUGGCAGAUGUGAAGUUGACACAAUGCGGCCCGCCAUCGUUUGACGAGCUAGAGCUAGUUUCGUCCUCAUUUCUAUUGAUAUUAUUAUGAUGAUGGGCAACAGCAGGACGUCCAACAUUCUAACUACGCUUACAUCCAACAGCACGGCAUCAUUCCUGGGCGGCACCUUGUCCAAAGACCACAAGGACGCCUUCAUCGUCAUGUACAACAAGCAGGACAGUUCGGUCAGCAUCGAUGACGUCAGCAGUCCUGAGGUGAAACAGACCAAGCCGCCGGUAACAACCAACGCCAGGUGCUUAUUUCACAAUUGUUUCGUUAUUUCACAACAAUUAUAAUAAUUAUUUUAAUGAAAUGCUAGGUAUUUUCUGAUUAUUAUUUGUUAUUUCAUGUAAUUUUUUUUUUUACAAUUAUUUUUCAUUUCACAACAAUUUGUUGUUGCAUGAAAUUUAUAUUUUACAUUAUGACAAUUAUUUAUUAUUUCAUGACAAUUAUUUGUGACUUAAUAUUUAUUUUUUGCUAUUUUAUAGAUUUGUAUUUAAUGUGCAUAGUUUUCGAAUAACAUAUUGCAAUUUCGACCAAAGUAAAAAAUAAAAGAAAGACCUCCUCUGGCCUUACUUAAAAAACUGUUGCACGUAUUUCCAUCAUGGCUACUCUGCCUUCUAAAGAUCAUUCAACAAAGUUGUUCAUUUGGGAGAAUGGUGUGAUCAGCUUACGUUGACUUGCCACGCCAUGGCAUCAUUUAACAAAGUUGUUCAUUUGGGAGAAUGGUGUGAUCAGCUUACGUUGACUUGCCACGUCAUGGCAUCAUUCAACUUCAUUUUUUUACGUGAUGAUAACAAAUUUCUGCCAUUUCUUUUUUAAAAUUCCACCCAAGUAACUAAUUUCGCUUCUUGUUUGUCGUAUCCUCUUGACACACGAUUCUUGCUUUUUUUUUUAAAAUUUUUGUUUCGUUUUCAUUUUCCUGGUUUUCCUGUGAAAGUAAUUUUGAUUCAUACUUGGGUUGAAAGUGGGGAGUGGGGGGGGGGAAGACGUUGAGGCUGUGUGGCCAAUCUCUCGCUCUUCAUGGCCCCCUGGUUAACACGUUGGCAACAAGAUCCAUCUGUAGGGGCCAUGCAACAGUUCAUUACCGUGGGGCUCGCCUGCCAAGUUCAAGUUCAGAGGACGAAGCCAACAAGAUCUCGUACGAAAUGUUUCUAAAAAAACUUGCGUGCGUCCAGGUGUGUAUGGCUUGACCGCUAACUGAUGUACGCAAUCGUCCUGCAGAAAUGUUCCGCCCCGAAGUGCCUGCGGAGAACGACGUCAGGUGAGCGCCACACUCAGCAACGCCAGCACAUCUUCCAUCAAGUCCAGGGCUCCGGAGUUCACGGACAUAAGCAUAGGAGCGGACCUUCUGAGAUUUCAGGUAUAAUGGCGUUUCUCAGUUCUCAGAAUACAGAUAUGACCUUUUUCGGUUGUCAGAAUUUAAGAAAAGCUUUUCUUAUUAUUUACAUUUCAGGUUCUGCUUGUGUGUGUGUGUGUGUACAUUUCAGAAUUCAGAAACGACUUUUGUUCAUUAUUCAUAUUUCAGAUUCGGUUUUUGCGAGUUCUCGGAAUUCAGAAACGGCUUGUCGCAUUAUCUACAUUUCAAGUUCUGUUUUAGACACUUCUCAGAAAUUAAAAUGGCUUGUCUCAUUGUUCAUUUUUUUUUCCAGAUUAGAGUUUUAUUAGUUCUCAGAAUUCAGGUACGAUUAGUCGCAUAAUUCAUGUUUCAGGUUAGGUUUGCACAAAUUCUAAAAUUAUCCGAAAAUUUUACGUUAUUUGGAAAAUUUAUUACGUCCAUUCAUAUGUCCAUUCAUAUGCACAUUCAUAUGUCCAUUCAGAAAAUAAUAGUAAAAACCUUUAGAUCACUUUAGAUAUCUAAUCAUUAAAAAGCAUACAAUUCAAAUGGCUUCUUACACUUACCAUUGAUUACGAUUUCAUUUAAGAUUAGGAGCACCUCUUAUUCGUGUCAUGGUUGCGAUCGAGGCAAACACUCACAUUAUUAGCAUAAAAUCUAAAUAAACUUUUAGCUGCAACUUUGUAGCUUUGGUUUUUGGAUGGACAUGGGAAGUAUCGUUUAUAGUAUCGCUAUUGAUGCUGAUAACGUGCCUAAAGUUUGUAAAGCUGUAAAUAUUUUUAAAAAUUAUAUUUUAAAAAAAAGCAUCUAAAGAUAAAUAUCUUUAAAUAAGUUCUCUUAUUAGAUAAGAUAAAUUAUUGAUCCAAAUAUAUGGACAUUUAUUUUAAUGACAUCCUACUUAUUCUUAUUCAACAUACGGACAAACCAGUAGAACACUUCAGACCAGCGGUUCUCAACCUGUGGGUCGCAAACCCUUUGGGUUGCCUAAUGACCCUUAUACCGGGGUCGUCUAAGAACAACGGAAAACACUUAGUUAUAAAGUAGCAACGAAAAUAAUUUAACGGUUGAGGGAUCACCACAGCAUAAGGGACUGUAUUAAAAGGUCUCGGCAUUAGGAAGGUUGAGAACCACUGCUUUAGACGUAAUUCAUUUCUAGUAGUUCUCACGCGAAGACAUCAGCCUACAUGUCUCGUACAAAAUCAUUUCCAUAAUGACAUUAUUGACUUUAGGAGUAAUUAUUUAAUUAUAUGUUAACGAAAGUUUCCAUUCACCAGAGACAACUCAGUCACAGCCAACAGCGGCGCCAGUCCUUCAGACGGGAGUCCAUCAGUUUGAGCAGCGCCAUUCGGAACUCCCUGGCCAUGCUGAUCGCCUACACCUCCUGCUCUCUCCCGCUCAUUGUCUUCAGCGUCCCCGACCCGGCCUGGACCCUGACCCCCGUCCAGAGGCUCCACGCGUUGCUGUCGUGCCGUCUGCUGUUUUACCUCAACGCCCCGGUGUAUCCGCUCUGGUAUUUGAUAUUUAGCGCGACGGUCAAGAAAUGUUUUACCCGGCUGUGGGAGAGUCUUGUCGGAAGGUACAGGUGCAGGCAGUGAAUUUAAAUACGGAUUGAACAGAGUAGCAUAUGUAUUUUAACACAUAAAAAUGUACGCAGAAGCUCAAUUCAGAUUAAGAUUUACCCAAAUAGUAUUCUGCAUGCAAAAUACGUGAGGAGCAUUGUCAAAGAUUAGCAUUGGUUUGCGGAAGCGACCAAUUUGAAUUGCGUGAAAACGGGUGCUAAAAUUGCUGGGAUCUGUCCGUCACAAUGUGACCAUGGUAUAGACUUCGCAGGACGAAAUCCACAAAGCAUGGUAUUAUUAUUUCUAGGAUUAUAGACUGGUUCCCUACACAGCAAAUAGCCUCUCUUCACGCCACUGGAUAAACGAAGGGAACACCAUGCGGAUCAUACAGCUUGGCACCAGUGGCGUCGCAGGAGUUGUCGGAAUUUUGUAUGUUGUGUCAAUGUUAUCCGCCUAUGGGACUCCAUCUCCGGGUUUGAAUUCAGAGUUUGACAUUGACAUUUUAUAAAAAACAUGAUACAACUAAGUAGUAAAGUGAUCUUAAAGGACUAGAAAUAUACAUGUUUCACUGGAAGCUAAUAAUCUAUCAGACGUAGCGCCCUGCCAGAGACAAUAAAAUGAAUGUUUUGUGUAGCCUAUUCAAUAACCAUCUUGACCAACCACCAAGUAAUUUGCCAGAGGAAAAAAAAAGUGGGGGAAGGGCACUCAACCCACGCCGCAACUCAAGCUUGAUACAUUUCUAAGAAUAAGAAAAAUGAGGAAGUGUGUUGAUAACAGAAAUACUGAUUAUUUGGCUACGUUGAGACGAUGCUAAGAAAAUUAAGCAAGAGACAUAGGCACUGGGAUCUUACCCAUGGCUUUCGAUAAACUCGUCAGCUGUCAUCUGUGGGUUAUGCUGGGUGUGUACCAUCAAUAUCUGUGUCUAAUGUGCCGUUAUACAAAUGACAAUUUAAAAUAACAAUCCUAACUGAUAACAUCGCUAUCAUCUUCAAGAUCGAAUCGACAUGAGAGGCAGUAUUAGUUUGGGGGGUCAGCCGGUGAAUUAUUGUAGUGCCACUGCAGUAGACUUAAGACUUCUAAUCGCUGAAAUCGUUUUAGUUUUAAUUAUUCAAUUAUGUUCUUUCCCCUUAAUGUCUGAAAUACUUCUUGUAAGUUUCAGAAGCUGGGCAUUGUUAGAGUUGGGUUGGGGUUAAUGAAGUGCGCCAAUAAAAGAAGAAAGUGAUGUUGAUGAGUGAUGUUGGCGAGUGACGUUGGUGAGUGACGCUGGUGAGUGAUACUGGCGAGUGAUGUUUGCGAGUGAUGUUGGCGAGUGACGUUGAAGAGUGAUGUUUAUGAGUGAUGUUUGCGAGUGAUGUUGGCGAGUGACGUUGGUGAGUGACGUUGGUGAGUGAUGUUGGUGAGUGAUGAUAAAUGCAUGUUUGCAAGGAAUAAGUUAUACUAAUGUCGCUUGAUGUAGUGAGAAUUUGAUUUCAUGGAAGUUGCAGUGAAUGAGAAGGGAAAAACAACAACCAAAAAAAACACAAAAAAAACAAAAAACAACAACAACAACAAGAACAACGAGAUGCGUCAAUUCAAGCUACAGGUUGAUUCGUUCGUCACUAGAUCCAAGAAAAAUGCGAAUAUGUCAGCAAGUUAGGAAUGGAUAAUCAUAAAAUGUGCGUUGGAGAACGAACGUGUUGGAGAGUGAGCUUGAAAGUUAGUGUGUUUUAAGAGAAUAGAGAGUAAGAAGAAUUCAGUUAGUGGUGAACACGAAAGGUGUUAAGGACUACAUCGAUGAUAAAAAGUGAGUGACAGAGGGAGAGAGACACACAAUGAAAUAAUACGCUUCGUGUCACUAUCGUUGUCCUAUGCGUUUACUGUUUUAAAGAGUACAAUAUAAAUAAAUGAUUACA